CUUUCUCUUCUAGUUUUAUUUUAAGUUAUCUCUGUUCAACUUCUACAAAUGAAGAAUUAUGGUUGGAAAUAGAAUCGCUUAAUAAUAGAGUUGAAUAUUUAGAAUCAGAGUUGGAGCUUUAUAAAAAUCCUG